AUGCAAACUUUUAUGAAGAUACCGCUGGCUACUGUGUUAUGCUGGCUGCUCUUACUGCUGAUUACCUUGUGUUCUGCAAAUGACAACAACAGCAGCAAACCAAGUGACAAGGUGAGUUUGUUUAAUCAAACAUUGUAAUAAUAUGUACUAUGAGAAUUGAAAGUCAGUCAAUGGUACCUGAACUAUUAACCUGAAAGAAUUGAGUGAGGUAGAAUGAAUGAAGUGAUUUUUUUAUGUAAGGGUGCUUGAGUGACGUUGAUUGAUUGACUUAAUCGACUGAUCAUGAAUUAAAACGGAAUGAAUUUUUAAAUUUUUCAUUUAGAGUAUUCCUCAACCGACUUCACCUUAUGGCUCCUGUGGUCAUGGUGGGUGUUUCUGUGCACCAGGAAUUCCAGGCAUCCCAGGAAGCCCCGGACCCGCGGGACCAGCAGGUACCGCGGGAUCACCUGGCAAUCAUGGACCUGAAGGACCCAUGGGCCCACGAGGAAAGAAAGGUGAUGAAGGAGACCGUGGAAGACCGGGAGCAACAGGCAGCAAAGGAGUUAAAGGACCUGCAGGCCCGGCAGGUCCACGUGGGGACAAAGGUGAAGCAGGCUCAGCUGGUUCUCCUGGAAACAAGGGUGAUACAGGUGUUCGUGGAAAGCAAGGUCCCCCUGGUCCCAAGGGACCUCAAGGACCCUCAGGUUCAGCUGGUUCCCCUGGAAACAAGGGUGAUACAGGUGCUCGUGGAAGUCAAGGUCCCACAGGUCCCAAGGGUGCUCCAGGAUCCUUUGGUCGUAAUUGGAAACAGUGCGUUUUUAAGAAUCUGGGCGAAAACAAGGACUCUGGAUUGAUCAAGGUAACAACUGCAUGAGUUUGUUGUUCUAGAUUAAAUAAAAAAAUCCGGCGUAAAUUAAAAAUUACUGAUACAUAAAGGUCUAGCUUUGAGAUUCGAGCGAAGUGUAAAUCUUACUGGUUAUUACGCCAUUUGAAGAAAAAAAAAUGGGUGUAUCUGAUAUUUAACUAUUUACUCAUGGGAUGACACGGAAUGCAAGAAAAAAUUCGAAUGACAUUACCUAUUACGUUUAUAGGAUACACCUAUAUCUUCUGGUCUGAAUUUGAGUAAACCCGCCAUGGUAACUAUAACUUGUUCCCACGGUUUGCCCCUAUGACGUNGAAACAAGGGUGAUACAGGUGUUCGUGGAAAGCAAGGUCCCCCUGGUCCCAAGGGACCUCAAGGACCCUCAGGUUCAGCUGGUUCCCCUGGAAACAAGGGUGAUACAGGUGCUCGUGGAAGUCAAGGUCCCACAGGUCCCAAGGGUGCUCCAGGAUCCUUUGGUCGUAAUUGGAAACAGUGCGUUUUUAAGAAUCUGGGCGAAAACAAGGACUCUGGAUUGAUCAAGGUAACAACUGCAUGAGUUUGUUGUUCUAGAUUAAAUAAAAAAAUCCGGCGUAAAUUAAAAAUUACUGAUACAUAAAGGUCUAGCUUUGAGAUUCGAGCGAAGUGUAAAUCUUACUGGUUAUUACGCCAUUUGAAGAAAAAAAAAUGGGUGUAUCUGAUAUUUAACUAUUUACUCAUGGGAUGACACGGAAUGCAAGAAAAAAUUCGAAUGACAUUACCUAUUACGUUUAUAGGAUACACCUAUAUCUUCUGGUCUGAAUUUGAGUAAACCCGCCAUGGUAACUAUAACUUGUUCCCACGGUUUGCCCCUAUGACGUCGGUAGCAUCGCAGGCACGCUAUCCACAGUUGAGGGUAUAAAGAUGUUAAAGUCAAGUAGCAUAGCUAAAGCCAACUGAAAAGUCAGAGGAGUUAAAACAAUUCCCUUCCUCUUUUCAUUGUGAAAAUACGAGUAUGUUGAUUUCUUUGCGUUACAGUGAGUGAAAUCCACGGUUUUCAGGUCCGUUUUUCUAGACGAUCAUGUCAUUGUUUAUCUCUGAUGUUUCAUUUUGGUUCACCUCGUUUUGAUCUUUCCUCCUCUGUUGAUUUUUAAGGAGUGCAUUUUCAAGAAAGCAUCAGCCACUACUGGGUUGCGCGUCUUUUGGAGUGGCACUCUUCGUCUCUACAACUGUCAUGCAUGCUGCAGACGAUGGUAUUUCACUUUCAACGGCGCAGAGUGUUCAACACCGGCUCCCAUUGACGGAGUGGUAUACAUGAUAUAUGGAAAUAGUGCGAGAAAGGAUUUACACCGCGUACGUCACAUAGAAGGAGUCUGUGAGAAAAUCCACAAGGGUACUGUUCGCGUGGGAUUCUGGGUCGGUAAUUGUGCCGGUUACGGAUCUGCUGAUGCUUACACAGGCUGGAACUCAGUAUCCCGAUUGUACGUGGAAGAAGUACCUUCCCCACAGGCUUAA